AUGGUCCACACCUUCUAUGACGGAACCAUCGUGGUGGCCGAACAAAUCCUAGUCUCCCUGUCCCACUUUCUCCAACAAGCCGAGAAACGCCCCAAUGCUACCGAUCUGCUCAAUGCACGUCUCUCUGAGGAUAUGUAUCCAGUGACCGACCAAGUGCGCAUCGCAACCCAAUUCUCUGAAAACCUGGUCGCCCGACUGACCGGCCGGGAGCCGGUAACCACUGAAGGCAAACCCACCACAUAUGCUGAAUGCUACGAGCGGAUUGAGAAGGUGCAAAAAGCGCUCAAAGAGGCCGACAGGGAUGUUGUCAACCAGCACGCUGAUAAGCUUAAGCCCACCCAAUUGGGCCCGGACCGGGUGGCGGAACUUAGCGGUGCUAUCUAUGCCCACACCAUUCUCUUGCCGAAUAUUUACUUCCAUCUCGUGACCACGUAUGGAAUUUUCCGGAAGGAGGGAGUGCCGCUGGUCUCGCGACACACAGAUGAUGGCUUGAAGCCGAUUGGUACUGUAUCGCUUAUGAGGGGGAUUCCGCCAGAUUCGGGUUAUCUUGCCCCGGAUAUCGGGUUUGCUGUGUUACCCGAAGAAGGGCGGAAGGGGUAUGCGACCGAGGCGGCAAAGGGAAUUUAA